CUUCUUCGGAUGAACAAUUUAUUCAAUGCAAACUAUGCAAGCAUCCAAAUGGAACUUAUGGAAAAAGUUCCAGCAUUAGUACUAUUAAACGUCAUUUCGAAAGCAAUCACAAAGCAGAAUACCGGAAAUAUCGAUCUGAUUCGCAAGAAGUGGAACCUUACGGUGUUCAUGAUGAAGAGAAA